UAAGGAUUUUGAAGGGUAGAAAAAAGAUAGAGAAAUAAGGAUUGAGAUGGGGGUAUUUUCAUGGUGCUUUAGCUGUGAAUGCUUUAGGGGACCAUCUCAGGCUACGCUUUAUGAACCAUUAUUGGAGGACAGGGAAAGAGAGGCGGUAUCAGAUCUGUUACAAUAUCUUGAAAAUCGAUCAGAUGUGAAUUUUUUCAGUAAUGAGCCAUUACGUGCGCUUACGACGCUUGUUUAUUCGGAUAAUAUUGAUCUUCAGAGGAGUGCAGCACUUGCAUUUGCAGAAAUUACAGAAAAAGAUGUACGUGAAGUGAGCAAGAAUGCACUUGAACCUAUACUAUUUCUUCUUCAAAGUCCGGAUAUUGAAAUUCAAAGGGCAGCGAGUGCAGCAUUAGGCAAUUUAGCAGUUAAUAUGGAAAACAAGGCAUUAAUUGUUAAAAUGGGAGGUCUAGAGCCAUUAAUACGGCAGAUGUUAUCGCCUAAUAUAGAGGUUCAAUGUAACGCAGUUGGAUGUAUAACCAAUUUAGCAACACAUGAUGAAAAUAAGUCCAAAAUAUCAAGUUCAGGUGCACUUAGCCCAUUAAUUAAACUAGCUAUGUCGAAGGAUACAAGAGUACAAAGAAAUGCUACAGGGGCUCUUUUAAAUAUGACACAUUCAGAUGAAAAUAGACAACAAUUGGUUAAUGCAGAAGCUAUUCCAACUCUUGUAGCCCUUCUUACUUGUACCGAUAUUGAUGUACAAUAUUAUUGCACAACUGCAUUAAGCAAUAUUGCGGUGGACGCUUCAAAUAGAAAAAGACUAAGUCAGACAGAGCCACAACUUGUCGAAUAUCUUGUAAAUUUAAUGGAUUCAUCAAGUCCCAAAGUUCAAUGUCAAGCUGCACUCGCAUUAAGAAAUUUAGCUUCUGAUGAAAAAUAUCAAUUAGAAAUUGUACAAGCCAAUGGAUUACCACCACUACUUCGUUUAUUGCAAUCAUCAUUUUUCCCUCAUGUAUUAUCUUCUGUCGCAUGCAUUCGAAACAUAUCAAUACAUCCAUCAAAUGAAUCACCGAUUAUCGAGUCUUUGUUCUUAGAUCCCCUUGUAAGGCUUCUUUCCACAAAUACUAAUGAAGAAAUCCAAUGUCAUGCUAUAUCUACUUUAAGAAAUCUAGCAGCAAGUAGUGAAAAAAAUAAAUAUGCAAUUGUCGAAGCAGGUGCAGUGCAAAAAUGUAAACAACUUAUUCUUAAUGUACCUAUAAAUAUUCAAAGUGAAAUGACUGCAUGUAUUGCAGUUCUUGCGCUUAGUGAUAAUUUAAAAGGACAUUUAUUAUCUCUUGGAUUAUGUGAUGUUCUUAUUAUUUUGACAAACUCUCCAAGUAUUGAAGUACAAGGAAAUAGUGCAGCAGCUUUAGGUAAUUUAUCAUCUAAAAGUAAAAAUUAUAGCCAUCAAAAAGAGAGUAUGAUAUCAACAAUAAAUGAUUAUUCUCCAUUCGUUAAUGCUUGGAACGAACCUGGAGACGGUAUUCAUGGUUAUUUAUGUCGCUUUUUAUGCAGUCAAGAUAUAACAUUCCAACAUAUUGCAGUUUGGACACUUUUGCAAUUAUUGGAAUCAGAAAAUAAAAAACUUAUAGAUUUAAUUCAAAAUAGCCCCCAAAUUACAUCAUUGAUUAAAGAUAUAUCUAUUAGAGAAAUUCAGGAAGAAGAAGGCGAAGUAACUAUUUUGGCAAAAAGAGCAGUAGAAAUGCUAGGAAAUCUAAAAACAUACGAUUAAUCAUAUUAUCAAAAAGCCAGUUGAAUUAUAUAACAAGUAUUAUGC